UAGAUUUUAGUCGGACAACCACCUUAUAAAUUAAGGCAUGGAGUAAGUGACAUAAGUUUCUUAACUUCACAUCGAACUCUGAUCUCCUACCGUUCCCAUUUCUGUCCUCUCUCAUACCAAGCAAGUACUCUUUUAUUUCCGUUGUUUUUUGGGAAAAAGUUUCCUAUCAUUAAUUUCUCCUUUCACUCUCCUUCUUCGUCCUCUCAUCAAUAGACAGCUUAGCAUAUUACUUACUCGAAGAAGAAUUUUUAAAACCACACGUUAGUGAUUCAUAUGCAUAUCCUUAUGUUACAGCUUAGAUUUCUCCAAAUGCAUCGCGCCUUCUCCAGUUCUUCUCUACACAUCACUCUCGUUUUGCUUACAGUCUGCAAAGGAAUAUCAGGGGCUAAAUUUACAAUCAUAAACAGAUGUGGCUAUACAGUAUGGCCAGGUAUUCUUUCCAAUGCAGGCAGCGCUCCCUUAGACAGCACAGGAUUUGAACUUCCACAAGGUGGAUCACAAUCCUUCCAAGCACCACCAAAUUGGUCAGGUCGAUUCUGGGGCAGAACUGGUUGCACAUUUGACCCGAAUACCGGUCAGGGCACCUGCAUAACAGGUGACUGCAGCUCCAACCAAAUUGAAUGCAAUGGUAAAAAUGCAAACCCUCCAGCCACUCUAGCCGAAUUCACCGUCGGAUCAGGUGUGAAGGAUUUUUAUGAUGUUAGUUUGGUUGACGGCUACAAUUUACCCAUGAUUGUCGAACCAAAUGGCGGGUCAGGGAGUUGCUUGUCGACCGGGUGUAUGACAGAUUUGAACCAGCAAUGCCCAGCUGAAUUACGGGUUGAAUCAGGGCAGGCCUGUAAGAGUGCAUGUGAGGCCUUUGGGAGCCCAGAGUACUGUUGCAGCGGCGCGUAUGGAGCACCAGACACAUGUAAGCCAUCUGUUUAUUCGGAGAUGUUCAAGACCGCUUGUCCGAGAUCAUAUAGCUAUGCUUACGAUGAUGCCUCUAGCACAUUUACAUGCACAGGAGCAGAUUAUGUUAUCACAUUCUGCCCUUCAUCAACAAGUGAAAAAUCUGCAAGAGACAAGACUCCACCUGCAAGCACUGCAAUUGGAAUUGACACUUCGUGGUUGCCGAACUUUCUCACUGGGGACUCACCCAGUGCCUUUCCCUGUUGGGCUUGGCAAUUUACCUUGAUUUUUUCUACGGUGUCCUGUCUAUUCCUCUUUUUGGUUUAUUUAUAGCCUCAACUUUGGACAAAUGCACAUGCAGCUUAAGAGGUCACUCGAAUUUGUUUUGCAAUGGAAGGAAAGGCUGAACAUAUCCAGAUUGUAAAGAGAAUUUUCCAGGCCACAUAUAUAGAAAGUUAAAAUCUUUUUUCUUCACGGAAAAUAACAUGUGUGUGUUGUAUGUUAACCUUGACUCUAGAGUAUGAACCAUUUGUAAUCUAAAGCAACGAACUGGAAAGGAAGAGACUUUCGAGAUUGGCAAAAUCAUUAUUCAAUUUGAUUUAGCAGGCAUUGGAAAAAAGUGUUUGCUUCACUGUGAAUCUUGAGUAAUAUGUUUGGUGAGAACCACCAUAGGAACCCCACUUUGCUGGAAUUGCAAGCUUGGUAGAUUUGUCA